AUGGCAUUAGAACAAUUGACAUACGACAAUGAUCCACUGGCUUCUAACUCUCCCACUCACCAUGCCGUUCUGUCCGACUGCGUGGUAUUACACCAACAACAUGGUUUGGAUCAUGUCUUAGUAUGGGGUUCGAAUUUUUCGGCAAAGAAAGCAUGGAUCGCAUUCAUCGUUCAUGAGGAGAGUGCGAUUCCGCAUGUUCAUGUGUGCGUCCAACGCGCAACCCCUACGGCUCCGGCUACAGAAAUCCAGAGUCCCAAUGCAGCGAUGCGCAUUAUGAUCCAUUCAGCAUAUUUUCAGAGCGGCACUCCUGUGUUCACGCUACACAGCGUGAUUUCUGAGAAGCCGAAUGCAAUCAAUGCGCACAUUGCUGAAUGA